AUGGCGGCCACGCCCGCCGGCCGGCGCCAGUCGCGGCGCGUGGGCGGCGAGGGCCGGCGGGCGCCACACUGCAGUGUGGUGUGGUGUGGCAAGAAGUGGCGCAGCCUGACGCCGCAGGACCGCCGGCCGUUCGUGGAGGAGGCGGAGCGGCUGCGCGUCAUCCACAUGCAGGAGCACCCCAACUACAAGUACCGGCCGCGGCGCCGCAAGCACAACAAGCGCGGCGGGCCCUCGCCGUCCGGGGGCGGCGGCGGCGGCGGCGCGGGGGCGGGCCAGGGGGCGGCUGGGGGCGGCGGCGCAGGCGCGGCCUCCCCGGCGGCGCGCAGGCACGGCGCCGCCACACCCAAGCUGCCGGCGGCGGGCUACGGCGGCGCCGUGCCGGCCUACGGCCAGUACCCGCAGUACGGGGGCGGCGGGGGCGGCCAGCAGGCGUUCGCCAAGGCGCCGCUCUACGGGUCGCCCUACACGCCGCUCAUGCACACCCCGGAGGCGUCGCCCAACGCCUCGCCAGAGCCCUCCGAGUCGCUGCGCCUCGCGCCCAGGAUGGCCAGUGCCGCCUCGCCGCUGCUUCAGUCGCACGGACAGAUGGAGGAGAGUCCGCGCUCGCAGCAAGACCAGCAGCAACAUCAGCAGCAACAGCAGCAGCAACAACAACAACAACAGCAGCAGCAACAACAGCAGCAACAGCAACAACAGCAGCAACAGCAGCAGCCGCCGCCUCCCAGCUCCUCGGCGUCGUCUUCCUCUGCAUCCAGCAGCUCCGCGGCGGGCCUAAUGGAGGACGUGAAUGCGGCAGCGCUGCCCACGCCGGAGAUGUCGCCCAUGGACCAGGACAAGGACAACUUCCAGUUCAGCGAGGAGAAGCGCGCCUACCAGCAGCAGGUGUACCGCCACCAGUCGAUGCUGAGCAGCGCCUACGGCCACCACGGGCACGGUCUGCACCAGCACGGCCACCCGCACCACGCCCACGCGCACCACGCCCACGCGCACCACACGCACGCGCCAGCCGGAAGCACCAUCGCCACCAUGGGGCUCAGCAACGGCGGCGUCGUCAUGAUGUGCACCAACCAGCGCGUCUACGAGCACAGCGGCGGCAUCACCGGCACCUUCUACCCGCCCGUCGCCACCUCGCAGGACAACCAGCACCUGUACCAGAGCAGCAGCUCGUCAGCCACGACCACGGCGGGCAGCAGUGGCGGGGGUGGCGGCCAGGCCACUCCCACGUACCUGUCGGGGGCUGGCGGGUACCCGGGGGCCGGCAGCAGCUCACCACACUACGGCCACCACACCAGGGCUGCGGACGCCUACCAGGGUGGGGUCAUGAUGGCUGACGAUCGGUACCCGCAACAGCAACAGCAGCAGCAGCACGUGGGCUACGCGUGCGCCGGCGAGGACGAGGACCUGAUGCUGGCCGGCGACGCCGUCGACACGCACGAGUUCGACAAGUACCUGGGGGCGCGGCUGCACGCGCACCACGCGCCGGGGCCGGAGCCCAUGGACUCGAACCACAACUACCACCACCAGCACCAGCAGCAGCAGCACCAGCAGCAGCUGCACGCCGCCUACUACGGCCAGCCCUCGGCGCUGGACGGGCUGGGCGGCCUGCUCAAGGCGGAGCCGUCCGCCGGCCUGGCCAUGGCCCAGUACGACAGCCAGGCGUGCGCGCCGCAGGACUUCAGCGACCACCACCACCACGCCGCGGCCGCCGCCGCAGCAGCCGCAGCCGCCGCCGGCGCGCCGGCCCAGCACAUCAAGACCGAGGACGACUUCAGCGUCAUCCUGGAGAACGUGCGCAAGACCUGCUACAGCACCUGACCGGCCAGGUAGACCGACGGCCGCAGGAUUCCCAGGUAGUCCUCACACAGCGCGACGUCCCAACCUGCAGCAAACGCCGACACGGAAUCACAGCAUUCUUCCCUGCUGUCGGUCGCUGCGGCGCUGCGGGUCUCGCUGGCGAGCUGUGGAGAGUUCCCACUCGCUCGCUAUACUAUCAACUCCCUCCGCGAGGUAAAUGUUCCUACAGACUGUAGACUGGCAGAGUGGGUGGACUAGUUUCUAGAGAGCCGACGUUUGAAUCCAGCAGUCUUCCAUUAAUGGUAACGAGCCCUAUCUCUUCUGAAAUCCGUCAAACUUCGGCGUCAUUUUGCGACUGAACGAUCGGAAACCGUCGCCGUGAAACGCCGCAGAACGUCCGAGAAGAAUACUAGCGCUGUCUUCGUUGUUCGAAAACGCGCGUCCCGUACAGGACUGGCCACGGACUUGAACAAAAAUUAUUCGAGUGAUUUUGGAUGCGUGUAACACAGUGUGCUAGUUGACAAUAUUGACAAAGACAUUAAUGUAUAUACCGUGUACAUAUUUAGAAAAGAGGCUUAUGGAUAUUUACAUAUACGUCCUCCGAAUAUAUUUUAACUACUGUUAGAUUUUGAUGCAUAUUAUUUACCUAAGCAUUCCAUAGUUUAAUGAACCAAAUAUUUAAUAAAAUUUUAUUGUUAUGUGUAAUUUUUACUGGAAACUUAUAUAUACAAGGAUUUGAUGAGGUGCUACCACGCACAGGGUACUGAACUGAGAAAAACGUAUCUACGUGAGACCAACUGAGAGUCGGUAACGGAUCAGGCCCGUGGCUGCAAUCCCCGUGUUCUAUGGCAGCCGACAUACGAUUUGCGCGGUCAGAAUGAACGGACCUGCGCUGCGAAAAGAACAUCAGUUCCGGGGGGCCAAGAAGCCUUUUGGUAUUCUUACAAUGUACUCGCCACCAGUUUCCUAUAGCGGCUUAGGUACGUGCUCCCUCUGCUGUAUGUCUGCAGGCAGACAUGUUUCUCGAGCCGUUGUGGGAAUCUCAGAGGGCAGCGGAGCGCACAUCCGGUCAGACGCUGCCCUCCCCUUCCCGCGACCGCUCGGGCAGGCGCCCACAUUAUCAUAGCCGUACCUCUCCGAUCCGUACCGCCCGAAACCACUGCGCUCUUCCACCUCGCACUAACGGAUUUCUUACUCGUCACAUCGUCCAAAAUAUUCCUUCAGGGGACGUCUCCAGAGAGAGACGUUUUGCCAUACGAAAGACUUCGUUCAAGCACAAUUGUCUUCCGACAACAAUACAUACAGGUAUGAGUCAACUUAAAGCUGUGCCUUAUGGAAAGGACCAACCGCGAAUUUUUAAACUGAGCGAAUGAGUUGAGUAAGAAGAAUCUGUAGGCAUAUUUUUACAACUGCUGUGUAUAAGAAGCGAGCGUAUUCGAUGUGCCUUUCUACCAAACAAUACUGGUUGGUUGCUCAUCACCUGACAAGUAACGUCUUGUAACUGUUGAGAUGUAUGAGCACAGCAAAUAGAGUGUUGUGAUGAAUACUGUUCAGUUGCAUUCCAUUGCGACCAACACACACCGUUAAGCAGGCAAUCAGGCAAAUGACAUGAAAGAUAAUCGAUUUCCGAUGCUGCACAGCGUCUCCUGCCUACUGUAAGCACGAAUUGUGAUACCUAAGGUGGAUACAGAGGCACGUAAGGCCCUUUAGUUCGGUUUAUCAGUAAAACGGCGCCGAAGUACACAUUCGUACUGGCUGGAUUAGCUUCUUAACGGUGCCCCUGAGCACUAUUUCCACCUAGGACGCUGAAUGUCGAACGAACAUUCCACGAGAAGCCUUCUUUAAAAGACUCCCGUUCAUUUCGAACAGUCAGGUUUUCUCAGAAAGCACUGAAAAAUACAGGGUAAUGUUGGGAAGCUACUGAGAUCCCCUACUCCAGUGAAAUAAAAAAGACAAUAAUGGAGAAGAGAUAGAUUCUAUUAAGUAGCGUUUUUAUGAGAGAAAGUAUUUUUAAUAAUUGUGUGAGAGAGACUAACAGACAUAGUUUGUGCUCUGUUACCUUCCAGCACUGCAAGACAGUCGGAACCGAGAGAAUAUCUCGUUUCCUACACCUCGUGGGUGAAACCUCGAAAGUAGCGGUGUCUCCUAGAAGUGAAUCCCUCCGUGUUCGGAUGAGACACUCAUUUCUAGCCUUAUCGCUAGUAUAAAAGACGCAUGUACUACUGAAAGAGAAAGUAAUAAUGCGAGUACGUCCUGAUUUAGAACAUCUGCUUCAACUUUGAUUUGAUCUCACUUUUUAAAAGGUGAAUUCUUUAAUUUAUUAAAAAUUAUUAUGUUUGGGUCAUCAAAUGGAUAUUAAGUUAGUUGAUGGUUAUAGAUUAGCUUAUAUUUAGAUAUCAUAGUGAUUAUAUGAGCAAUAAAGUAAUUGGCUUGUUAGGUAGAACUGUCCACAGCUAAGUUUUAUUGGUAAAUAUUUUUGGAAAGAAAAGUCUACAAUUUUUCCCUCUGUUGAGGCAGAUAUUUCCGUCUCACGGAUAAAUGUCACGUAUGUCAUCUAAAUGAUCCUCAGAUCUGCACAGCAAUAAAACUGUACAAGGAAACCAUAAGCUGUUUCUACAUUUUACUGUUGUUAAAAAUAAAUGCCUGCCACGAUUUAUGAUAAAUUGUGUAUAAUAUAUUUUCUGUAUAUAAAGUGUAUUUUCGGACUGUUUUUUAAUUACGUACCUGUUACAUAAAUGUACCAUACAUAUUUCAAUAACAUGUUAU